AGAACUUCUGUCUGGCUGGAUACUACAAAAGUGACUCUGAGUCGAGUGAGGACAUGUGGGGAUCAGUAGCCAUUGUGUUAGUGAGUGCAGUAGUGAUGCUACUGGUUGUCAAGCACAGGACAUCCCUGAAGAAGCACAUGUGUCAAUCCAAAGCUCAUCUCAAAGGAAAAACAGUUUUGGUCACUGGAGCUAACUGUGGAAUAGGAUAUGAGACUGCAUUGGAACUCGCAAAGAGACAAGCACGAGUUAUUCUAGCCUGUCGGAAUAUCGAAAAUGGGGAGCAAGCUGCAGUUAAAAUUCGCCAGAAAAGUGGUAAUCAGGACAUUAUUUUCCUUCAAUUAGAUCUUGAAUCGAUGGUUUCAAUCCGUCUAUUCGCUGAGAAAAUCUUGGAGUUUGAACCACACAUUGAUGUUUUGCUAAAUAAUGCUGGUGUGAUGUAUCCUGAAUAUUGUGCUACGGAAGAUGGAUUUGAGUUACAUAUGGGAGUUAAUCAUCUAGGCCAUUUUCUUCUGACAAAUUUGUUACUGGAACGUUUGAAAGAAUCUCAACCAAGUAGAAUUGUCACCGUCUCUUCACUUCUUUACAAAAACUGUGACCAAUUUGACUUUGAUAAUAUGAAUAGUAAAAGUGAAGCACGUCUGAGCACUCAACCAAAUCGUCAUGUAGCUUACUGUCAGAGCAAACUGGCUAAUAUUUUGUUCACCCGAGAGUUGGCACGACGACUAUCAGGCACACGAGUUACAGCUAAUGUCCUCUCUCCUGGGAUGGUCCAAACACGACUUGGACGACACUCUCUCCGCAAGCUACCAUUUGCUCUACAGCCGCUGGUAUAUGUUGUUCUCUCGCUGCUCUUUAAGACUCCUUGGGAGGGAGCUCAGACAAGCAUCCACUGUGCCCUGGCUGAGGAGAUGGAGGAGGUGUCCGGAGCAUUCGUUCGUGACUGUCAACAAGCUCAACUCCUCACAGAUGUUAGCAAGGAUGAACAUGUAGCUAGGAAACUAUGGGAUGUUAGCUGUAGAUUAGUAGGAAUCGUUUGAUUAUGGUUGUUUGCUUGUAGGGUGCUUUCCCCUG